GUUUUAGCUUCGAUAACCCUACUAGGCAGACCGUUCCAUCAACUACCCUAUUACCAAACCAAUACUUUCCUUUAUCCUUUCUAAAUCUAAACUUAUCUAAAUUGAAUCCAUUAUUGCGGGUUCUCUUACGGAGGAAUAUCCUCAAACUCUUAUUUAUAUCCCCUUUGUUAAUACUCAUCUUCCACUUAUACACUUCGAUCAUGUCUCCCUCAUUCUUCGUCUUACAAGCGAAUGUAAUUUAAGGGACAUUAGUCUUUGGAAUGUAGAUAAAUCGUUCAGAGAACCAACUUCAAUCUUUCUUCAUACGGAAGAUUUCUAAUGCUAAGUAUUAAUUUAAUCAUUCUACGCUGAAUAUUUUUUAACGAAUUUAUAUCCAUCCUCCCUAUCGUGUUGGUCUCCAUCAGCGAGGUACUGACGGUGGUGGCGAAAUUGUUGGUGCUGGUUGUGUUGGUGGGGAUUUCUCUCUCUCUCCCCUCCCCCGCUGAUGUAUCUCUCCACCACGUACAGGUGCCACCAACCCCUGGGGAGACGUGUUCCACCACCAUGAGUGCCACUAGGCACACCCUUGCACUCUCACCCUUGGAGGAGGAGGUGCUCACCCCCCUGGAGCCCUUCAUUAUGUUGAGUGGGCUGCCGGGGGCGGAGACGAGACUGAUGAGAGCCUUGCUGGACGACCAUCCACAAGUGAGGUGCGGGGAGAGCCUGGGAGUCAUCCAUAACAUGGUUAGACUCUGGCGCACCUUCACCGCCCCAGCAGAAAGGCAGAGGCUCCAGCUGGCUGGUAUAUCUCAGAUGGUGGUGAUGGAGGCGGCGCAAUUGUUUCUACUGGAUGUGUUGGCCAACAAUGGCCCCUCAGCGUCCCGCCUCUGUACCAGGGACGUCCUGGCCCUCACCGGGGGUGUCUUCUUGAAGACUCUCUUCCCAAAUGUCAAAUUCAUCUUCCUGGUCAGGGACACCAGGGCCGCCGCCACUCAUCUAGUUCACAGACAGGAAGACGCUGGAGAGGGUGUUGGAGUUCCUGGAGGUGGAGUGGGACGAGGCGGUCCUUCACCACCACCUACACACAGGUGUCUUCGUCUCAAGGACAGCAAGAGGCAGCUCUACCUGGACUCCCUCACCGCCUGGGUUGUUCACUUCCCAGACUACCUGAAACUCUGCCCCCGCUGCUACUACCACCAAGCCAAGUUCCUGGGUUACGACUCUUUCUCCUUCCCACCGGAUUACUCCCGCUUGGCUUCCUACGACUGGAGCAGCCCCAUGCCCUGGCGGCCAGGCAGGGGCGUCCAGGAGUUUCUCACGCUGGUUGGUAAACUUGCUGCGAAGGGCGCGGGGCAGCCUGUCCACAACAACAGCCAUGUUGACUUAUACAUGAGGGCAUUCUUGUACGUGUAAGUGUGUAGACCAACAUAACAUGAUGGACUUCCUAGACACUUAGAUAUAUGUGUUUUGGAGACGCUUUACCAACCGGUGGGUUCAUCAGUCCAAUACGGAGAAUAAUACUGGAGAGGGUGGAAGACGUGAAGUAGUUUGAGGUGAUCAGCCCCUCAACCUUGGAAAAAAGUGAUCAGUCCCUAAGCCUUAGAAACAGAUGAUCAGUCCCUCAGCCUUGGAAAGGGGUAAUUAGUCCAAAAAUCCUUCUGACAGAGAUACUUCCUGUACAUAUGAAUGAGUAGACUGUUCAACAGCCUCCCGCCAGACCCCUGGCAGCCCUCAAGAGGGAGCUGGACAGAUACUUAAAGUCUAUGCCAGAUCAGCCGGGCUGUAGUUCGUACGUUGGUCUACGUGCGGCCAGCAGUAACAGCCUGGUUGAUCAGGCCCUGAACCACCGGGAGGCCUGGUCGUGGACCGGGCCGCGGGGGCAUUGAUCCCCGGAAUAUCCUCCAUGUAGUAGUGUAUAUGAGGGUUUUUCUGUACGUAUGAGCGUGUCGUCCUGCACAAAACGUAUUUCCUGUGUACGAGUGUAUUAUAAGCCUUAUUAAUAAAUACCGACAAGUUGGUUUGGUUUAGAUAAACAAGUAAUCUUACGUGUAAGCAAAUAUGUCCUCGUGUUUAAUUACGUGUAUUUCUAAACCAAAGACAGACUGUUGAUUUGGUAAGACAAUAACCUAAAGAAUCUGACAAAAUGUA